AUGAUAGACUAUGCCGCAAUUCUCACGGCCAAUCAGCGAGUGUUAUUUAUGAAAGUAGGCAUCAUCGGCGCAAUGGAGCAGGAAGUCACCCUGCUGCGCGAUCAAUCGAAAACCGUCAAACCAUCCAGCGUGCGGGCUGCGAAAUCUACACCGGCCAGAUCGGCGGCGUUGACGUGGCUCUUGCUGAAAUCCGGCAUCGGUAAAGUCUCGGCGGCCAUGGGCACCACCCUGCUGCUGGAACACUGCAGCCCGGAUCUGGUGAUCAACACCGGUUCCGCCGGCGGCCUGGCCAGCACCCUGCGCGUGGGCGAUAUCGUGGUGUCGGAAGAAGUGCGCUACCACGGCCGACGUCACCGCCUUCGGCUACGAGCCGGGCCAGAUGGCCGGCUGCCCGGCGGCGUUCGUCGCCGACGACGCGCUGAUUCGCGCUGGCGGAAAGCUGCAUCAAACAGCUGGAUCUGCAGCGGGGGCGCGGCCUGA